GCAUGGGGGCGGGGCCGGCGGCCGGGUCAGGGAGGCGGCGGAAGCAGCCGGGCGGGCGUGGAGCCGGCGGCGGUGGGGUGGGCUCGGCUCGGCGGGGUGCGGCUGCCGGUGGCGGCACCACCUCAGCGGGAACCAGCCAUGGACGCCGCCACGCUGGAGCUGGACGCGGUGAAGUUCGCGCAGCUGGCGGUGCAGCGGGACCAGAGCGGGCGCUACCAGGAAGCGGUCUUCUACUACAAGGAAGCUGCACAAGCCUUGAUUUAUGCUGGGAUGGCAGGGUCCAACUUGGAAAAUAUUCAAGAAAAAAUAAAUGAGUACUUGGAGAGAGUUCAAGCUCUCCAUUCAGCAGUUCAGUCACAGAAAACAGACCCUCUGAAGUCAAAACAACAGUUGGAUUUGGAGCGUGCUCACUUCCUAGUUACGCAGGCUUUUGAUGAAGAUGAUAAAGGCAACGCAGAAGAAGCUGUAGAGUUGUACACAGAAGCGGUGGAACUCUGUUUGAAAACAGCUACUGAAACUUCAGAAGCAGGUCUCCAGUCAAAACUGAAACAACUGGCUCGGCAAGCACUGGAUAGAGCAGAGGCACUGAAGGAAUCUGUGUCAAAAUCAUCUCAGAAGGAGAAGUCAACUGCAGCUAAACCAAAUCAGCCAGUCAGAACGUUCUUUCCGUUGGGACCCGAUUUUUCUUUAAAUGAUAAACCACAGACAAUCAGAGCAGUACAAGCGAGUGAACCUCAAGGUCAGAGAUACACUGCAGAGGAGAUUGAAGUACUCAGGAAGACUUCAAAAAUUAAUGGCAUUGAAUAUGUACCUUUCAUGAGUGUUGAUCUGAGGGAACGUUUUGCCUUCCCUAUGCCAUUUUCUGAUAAAUGUGGGAAGUUACCAUUAUCCCCCAAACAGAAAGCAAUGUUUGCCAAGUGGGUGCGACCAGAUGACAUAACAAAUAACCCUACAAUGAUUUAUACUGUAUCAAGUUUCAGCAUAAAGCAGACAAUAGUGUCAGAUUGUUCUUUUGUGGCAUCACUAGCUAUCAGUGCAGCAUAUGAAAGGAGAUAUAACAAAAAAUUGAUCACGAGCAUAAUUUACCCUCAGAAUAAGAAAGGAGAACCAGAAUAUAAUCCAUGUGGCAAAUACAUGGUGAAGCUUCAUAUCAAUGGUGUACCUAGAAAGGUCAUCAUAGAUGACCAGUUACCUGUUGAUCAUAGUGGGGAACUUCUCUGCUCUUAUUCUAACAAUAAGAAUGAAUUAUGGGUAUCGUUAAUAGAAAAGGCUUACAUGAAGGUCAUGGGAGGAUACGAUUUUCCUGGAUCAAAUUCUAAUAUUGAUCUCCACGCACUGACUGGUUGGAUACCUGAAAGAAUUGCUAUGCACUCUGACAAUCAAGCUUUCAAUAAGGAUAGUACUUUCAGAAUGCUUUAUCAGAGAUUUCACAAGGGAGAUGUCCUUAUCACAACAGCAACCGGGGUGAUGUCUGAGGAGGAAGGAGAAAAAUGGGGCUUAGUUCCAACUCAUGCAUAUGCAGUCUUGGAUAUAAGAGAAUAUAAGGGACUUCGAUUUCUUCAGUUGAAAAAUCCCUGGAGCCACUUACGUUGGAAAGGACGAUACAGUGAAAAUGACACGAGAAAUUGGACCCCAGAUUUACAAAAAUACUUGAACUUUGAUCCCAGAACAGCUCAGAAAAUAGACAAUGGCAUUUUCUGGAUUGCCUGGGAGGACCUAUGCCAGUACUACGACGUUAUUUAUUUGAGUUGGAACCCGAGUCUCUUUAAAGAAUCUACGUGUAUUCACAGCACUUGGGAUGCAAAGCAAGGUCCGGUGAAGGAUGCCUACAGCCUGGCCAAUAACCCUCAGUACAAGCUGGAGGUCCAGUGUCCUCAAGGUGGUGCUGCCGUCUGGGUUCUGCUCAGCAGACACAUCACCGACAAGGAUGACUUCGCACACAAUCGGGAAUUCAUUACAAUGGUUGUAUACAAGACUGAUGGCAAAAAAGUUUACUAUCCAGCUGAUCCUCCUCCAUAUAUUGAUGGUAUUCGGAUCAACAGUCCUCAUUAUCUGACCAAGAUAAAACUGACCUCUCCAGGGCCCCAUACAUUUACCUUAGUGGUGUCCCAGUAUGAGAAACAAAACACUAUCCAUUACACCAUCAGGGUGUAUUCAUUGUGCAAGUUCACCUUUUCCAAGAUUCCGACACCUUACACCAUUUCCAAACGGGUUAAUGGACAGUGGAAAGGUCUCAGUGCUGGCGGAUGUGGAAAUUUCAGAGACACCUACAAAAAUAACCCCAUUUAUCAAUUCCAGCUGGACAAGAACGGGCCAUUACUAAUUGAACUACGGGGGCCAAGGCAAUACAGCGUCGGUUUUGAACUCAUCACAGUCUCGACAGUAGGAGAUCCUGGUUCCUGUGGCUUUCAGAAGAAGAGCAGUGGCGACUACAGGUGUGGAUUUUGCUACUUGGAAGUGGAGAACAUAUUUGCUGGAGUUUACAACAUUAUCCCCACCACAUUCCUGCCUCAACAAGAGGGUCCCUUUUUCUUAGAUUUUAACAGUACUACUCCUCUUAAGGUAUCACAGCUGCAGUGAGGAGGCACAUCUGUGCAGUACCGUUUCAGGAGGUGGUUUUGAUCUGUCCUACAGUCUGAGAACAGGUGAAUAACUUACUAUACAUAUGCAUAGAAGAAAAUUAAAUUCUGAGCUAUCUCCAAAAGCCUGGAAUUGUGGAUUGGCCAGUUAAUUGGGACAGUCGGUCAGCUGUGGGUUUUGCUGCUGUGGUAUUGGAGUGAGCGCUGUUCAACGGGCUUGGGAAUGGGCUCAAAUGCUUAUAUAUGCUUAUAUGCAAAUGAACUGGCAGAACUCUGUUGCAGUUUUUCCACAAGUCAAAUCAAAGUCUAGUGAGCUAAGAGAAAAACUAACAUGGAAAUUCUCCCAAAAUACAGGGUAAAUGGGUUUAAGAUUUUAUUCUUAAAAGUAAACAUAUAAGAAAAAAAUAUUAUUGCGUAUUCUGCUUAUUCAGUCUCAGGACCAAAUAGCUUUUAAUACAUAUUUGUGCUGCUGUCUUGAAUGUUUUCAGCAUUGAAAUAGUUCUCACAUCUAAAUGUCAAUUUACUACUACUGAGCAUGUAGUAUUCCAGACUAUCAUGCUCAGCUUAUCAUGAGUAUGUAUAUAGGAGUAAAGGAAAAGGAAGAUUCCUGCUGUAGUUAUUUCUAAGAGAAACACAAUGGCUUCACUCAUGUUACAUGUACUUGGAGAGCUGUUAUUUCCUACCUGUAUUGCUUUAAUACAUAAUAUUACAGCACAAGGUACUCUAUGGCUUUCUUCCUAGUAGGUGCAAGACCUAGCUCAAUCCAGAUCAGGAGUAAAACCAGGACAUGAGGCAGCAGCAGCGUGCAGACAGUGCAGCACCCUUUGCUUAGCAGGUGUGAAAGGUUUUCAUCUCAAGGCAUGCUGUAAGAUUCUCUGUACCUGCUGAGGUGGGGAACUCCCACCAUCAGAGUCCCAGCAAAGACAUAAAAAUGUCAAGGACGAAACAUUAAGUAUUCAGCAUGUAGGGAAAGGGUCAUUUAAAGCUCUCCCCCCAAUAAACCAGAGCUGCGAGAAAUACACUUGCUGAUCCCCUUAUACAAAACAUCUUUUAGAAGGUACUUUUUUCUUUCAAAUGGAAACUGGUGAAUGAAUCGAACACGUGGCCGGUGCCAUCAAUAGGAGUAGGGACAAAGAUCUUAUGAAAAUAGUGGAAGUGAGAUUAGUUCAGAGUAAGAUUUUUCAGAUGCCUACUAUCUGUGCUCUUCCUCCAGAAGAUCUAUAUACAUUGUAUCUGAAGAGGAUCAAAGAUAACCAAGUUAUUCUUUUUAACUUAAAUAGGAACUGCCUACUGAUCCUAAAAUACAUUCUUUUUUGUCUUCCUACAAAUGGCAGACUCCAAAUUCCACUAUGUUUGAUAGUUGGGGGAGAGGAGUGUUUUGAAAACAGCCAUAGGAAGUCCUUUGCCAUUCAGGCUGGUUUGGCAUUUUUCCAAGCAAAAGAGGGUAGAUUUAAAUCUUAUUUUAGACCACAGGUGCCAUUUGGUCAUCGGGAAGCUGAGCACAUGUGCUAGAGGGACACCAGAAAUAUCUGUGGGCUAAAAUGACUCCCACAAAAGUCUGCUAUUAGCCCUCUCCACAUAGUACAAGAUCCUUUUGUUUCAUUUCCCUCAUCAGACAGCAGCUUGACAAAUGUCUGGCUUUAAAAGGGCACUGAUAACACAGGCCUUUGAAAACACCGGCCUUUCUGACUGCAGCUCUCUCCAAGACCAUCUGGCCUAGGAAAUUUGUGACAAGUUUGUCACAGCGUGACUUGCCUUCUUUUGCAGGGAAGUUUCUGAUGAUUAUGGCAACAAAUCAACAGAGGGAACAGCUGAGCAAAAAACAGAUUAUUUGGCAGUGCCCUUGACUUUUAGAGCAUGUGCUAAGGACCGCUUCAUCCCUACAAAGUUAAAAUUAUCCCAACAAAUCUGUGUUACGGUUUUAGAUCAGGCCGUACCAGAGUGGCAAUGGAGCUCUGUAUGUAUCUAUCUCAUCACGUAUGAAGUUGUUAGAGGUAGUUAGGAUGCCUCAACCGAGUAUAUUUUUGACAGUACAAAAGGCAGAGGCCAGACCUGUCAGCUUUUGGUUCUAUGUUCUUGCACAUCUGCUAUUUGAGAUCCAGCUGACAGACUUGCCACAAGCUGCUGCCAAAACUUAUGCUGGAUGAAACAAGCACAAGGCUCAGCUUCCAUACUGGGCUAAACUAAAAGCAAGGAAUGUUCUCACCUCCUUAAUGCUCACAAAGGAUCCUGUCCCCACCAGGACACGCAUUUCUUACACAUCCAGCACAGGCAGUGGAUUGGGCUCAUCCCCAUAAAUACACAGGCUUUAAGCGUACUAUCAGUGGCCUUUUUAACACAAGUUCUAGUCAAAUAUUGCACCUACAUAGGCUCCUAGAAUACCAUCGCUGUACAUUUCCCUUCAGAUAGAGGGCAGAACAUUUAAGAGGAAAUAUACUAAAUAUUCUUAAAUUCUAGUCUACAGAUUCUGGUUGUGCCAAACUAACUUUACAAAAUUUUCUUGGCCUUUUUCCUUAGGAAAAAAAGUUCAUGUAAGCACUUACGUGUUUGCUUGGAUAAUUUAUGUCAAAGACAUACUACUGUAUUUUUUCCACAAAUAAAUCAGAAAAAUAAUAUUGAAAAAUGAACUGAUCUUUAGAUUUUUAACACAGCUUCAGGCCAAUAUCUGGGUUAAGCUUUGCUUUUUUCCUUAAGCUCUAAGUGAACCGGCUUUGUUUAGCAGGAGCAUUGGACUAGAUGAUCUCCACCCUUCCUGUCUAACCGCAACCAUUCGGUGACUUUUUUUUCUAUAUACCAUUUAGCAUUUUUUGAUCUAUAUGACAGAGUAGUGGAUGCUGAUAUAAGCAUAGAAAUGUUACACAGUAACAAGGCCCGUGUGUGCAGAAAUUGAAAUAGCUGCACAACAGCUCGGAAUGUAACAGAGGUACACUGGUCAUGUUACUUUACUGCCAAGUUAGGAUAUUCAUCCACCUCUCAACCUUUAAGUCUGCUCUGCCUGUAGACACACAAUUCAAGCUUUUAAAUGUCAAAAUGCAAAGUGUCGUAAGAUUACUAACAAGCAUCCUGCCCUCAUAAGUUGGUUGUCACACACUGUGCAGUUCUGAACUGCUGCCCGAGCCAGAGCACGAGGGGGAUAAGUGACGAGAUGAAAGCUGGUUGCUGUGAGGGGCUUUAAGAGGAUUUACACUUGCUUUGAUUCACUAAGGGAAGACUAUUACAAAGAAAGGAUUUUUAAUUCUCUGUCAGUGGUGCAGAAGGAUAACUGUAUAUAGCCUUCAGAAGUUUUGACAUUCUUCUUAUUUAUGCACUGCAAAGCCUUUCCUGGGUAUUUUUUGUUUUAAAUCCUACCGUAAAGCUCCAUGCAGGAUCCCAUAAUGCUGCUGUUCAUAGCUCGGGGUGUGACAACCCCACCAGCCACACACAUCCACACUUUGCUUUGUUAGCAAGGCGCAGGUUAGUCCUUGGUUCACCUGAUCCAUCAGUUCCUGAAGACUCAGCAAGAGGUGGUACCUGGAUGAGCAGCAUCCGCAGCUUCUGCCCCUCAAGCCUGAGAUUCGGUGUGAGUUCCCUGAUGCAAGUUUCAUGUCACUAUUUUGUACAAUAAUCACACACUUCACCGUGCAAUCUAUGCGGUAUUUGAACAGCUGUCUACCUGGAAUUAAGUUUGUCUAUGUACAGUAGCGGUUUUCAUUAGUCAAAAAAGGACAUUUGUUUGAUUAAACCAAAGAGCAGUAGAAUGCCCAGGUUAACAUUUGCUUUUAUACAUUCUCACUUCAGGGCAGCUGAAGUGAUCACAUAUAAUACUUUGAUACACCAGAGGCUUAUUUUUAUACCCAUGAAGGCAGCUACCAUCAUGUUACACUUCAGAACACAGCAAGAGCUCCAACAGAAAGUAACUGCAGAAAGCUUGUUCAUUUGCCAUUACUCUACAGUGAUGUAUGUUCAUUUAAGUUUGUCAUAUUUGUAAUUAUGGCUUUUAUGAAGUUUAAAAUAAAAUGAGUUUUCCAUUUA